AUCUGGGAUUCAAAAUAAGUUUCAGGAUUUUUAAACAAUGUUGUGGUGUUAAAGGAAUCAGAGAUAUUUAAGAUUCUGCACUAUUUCUUAGUCACUAAUCAAAUAAUGGUCAGAUCUCCUUGUUUCUAUUGAAGCAAAGCUACACUGGGAACGCACAAAUGACAAUUGCUGUAGUCUCCCUUGCAUCGCUAUAGAACCCGGAAAUGUGGAAUUUUCAUCUGAAAAUUAUGAUAAUUUUCAAUUCAACAUUUACACAUUUUUUGCUGGCAGUAUUGUUUAACGGUAAAAAAAAAAAAAGAAGAAAAAAAGAACAUAAAUGCAUGCACUAACAUGAUCGGCGUUUGGACACAAUGGAUAGCCUAUCAAAUUUAUAUCUGAAAAUAAAGCGAUUUCGAAUAUGAUCUUUUAUUCUGAAACUUGCAACAUCCGGUUAACGUCGGUGUUUACAUUACAACUCACGUUUACGGCCUAGGUUGUCUCGUUAGAAUCCCUUGGUCGUACAUAACGAUGCUUUUCAGUCUUACGUCAAUAUAAAGCUCGCUGUCCUUCAGAUCAUAUUAAAAUCGAUGGUGCAGUAGUGUACUGAAGAAUCCACCCCUCCUCUUCAUCUGAGACCCCUAUAAUGUGCCCCUCCUACACCCAUCAUCAGUUGGUUGCCUUCCUCCUCACCUUCUUUAGUUAUGUCCUGCUUCAUUCAUCACGUAAGACCUUCAGUAAUGUGAAAGUGAGUAUCUCUGCGCAGUGGACUCCAUCGCCAUGGCAACACAAUGGUAGCGCUCUGCCUUUAUCCCCUGUUGAGACAUGGGAGGACAACAGGCUGUUUCCUGAUGCUGGAGAGGCCACGCUGUUCUUGGGCGCUCUGGACUCAAUCUUUCUAUUCUCUUACGCUGUAGGUCUGUAUAUCAGUGGGGUGAUCGGUGACCGGUUCAACCUCCGCUAUGUGCUCUCCUUUGGAUUAUGUGGAUCAGCAGUCACGGAGUUUGUAUUCGGCACUUUGACGGAGUGGCUGCAGUUUUAUAACGUGUAUUUUUACUGCAUUUUGUGGGUGUUGAAUGGACUUCUGCAGUCUGCUGUUUGGCCCUGUGUGGUGACCAUUAUGGGCAACUGGUUUGGGAAAUCUGGCCGAGGAUUCGUGUUUGGACUGUGGAGCGCAUGUGCAUCAGUGGGGAAUAUUCUGGGUGCGUUUCUUGCAUCCAGUGUCCUCAAGUACGGCUAUGAGUAUGCGUUCCUGCUGACAUCAGUGGUGCAGUUUGCAGGGGGUGUAGUGGUGUUUUUCGGACUGCUCGCGUCCCCUAAAGAAAUUGGACUGAGUGACUCCGAGACGGGUCUGAUAUCAGUCGCAAGGGACUCAGACAGUCAACGUCCUCUGAUAAGUGAAGAUGAAGAUGAGUUAUGUGAAGAGUAUUCCUCCACACAGCAGCAGGAAGAAGAGCCGGAACAGCUCAAAGCCAUUGGCUUCAUCCAGGCCUUCUUUCUGCCCGGAGUCAUUCCUUAUUCUCUAGCAUAUGCAUGUCUGAAGUUGGUGAACUACUCAUUCUUCUUUUGGCUGCCAUUUUAUCUGAGCAACAACUUUGGCUGGAAGGAAGUUCAAGCUGACCGGCUGUCUGUGUGGUAUGAUGUGGGCGGGAUUAUUGGAGGAACGGUGCAGGGCUUUGUCUCGGAUCUUCUGGGAAAGCGAGCUCCUGUGUUAGCAAUCAGUUUGCUGCUGGCCAUGGGAUCAUUAGUGGGGUACAGUCAUUCUCCAAAUAACCAGCUGAUGAAUGGAGCUCUUUUAGCGAUAACAGGUUUUCUAAUUGGAGGCCCAUCAAACAUGAUCAGUUCAGCGAUCUCUGCAGAUUUGGGCCGACAGGAGGUGCUGCAGGGCAGUCAGGAAGCUUUGGCUACAGUCACAGGAAUAGUUGAUGGAACGGGCAGCAUUGGAGCAGCUGCGGGACAGUACCUGGUGUCGCUUAUUGAAAGCGAAUUAGGAUGGAUGUGUGUCUUCUAUUUCUUCAUCUUUAUGACAGGGGGCAGUGUGAUCUUCAUCAUUCCUCUCAUCAUCAGAGAAAUACGUUCCUUGUGCCAAGCUCGAACACAUCAGCUCUGAUAUGCUCAUAUGUCUUUUGUUGCCUGUUUGGGAUCUGAAUGGAAAAAAACAACAACUGACAUUGUUGCUCACAAAAACCCAGCAUGAGGAUGUGCAGUUUUCAUAAAAACAGAUUUAAAUGUUUUUUAUAUAUAUAUAUAUAGAUAUAUAUAGAUAUUUAUAGAUAUAUAUAUAUAGAUAUAUGUAGAUAUAUAUAUAGAUAUAUAUAUAUAUAUUAUCAGAUUAUCAGGUACAUUUAAUUUGGCUAGUCACCUUUUUUAUUUUUAAAGACAUAUUUUCACCUUCUUAAAUCAACCUUUUAUGAACAGUCACAGUCCCUGAAAGGGCAUGGGAUCAUGAAUAAUUCUGUUUCUGGACUUUGCACUGUUUUUAAGGUUAUUUAUUUUUAACAGUUUUGUUUUUUUAAUUGUAUCAUUGAUAGAGGGCUGGACCCUCAUUCAGAGAGCUUUGAAAUCCUUAUGAUUGUAACCUGAUUGAACAGUCUGUUUUGCUUAAACUCAGAAGAUAAUUUUAAAGACUCAUUAUGUUGGGCUGAGGGGUGAUAAUUCAAGUGUUUGGGGUGAGUACUGAAUAUUAGAUUUAGACUAAAAAUUACACAUUGCAAUCCACUGUCACAAACAUUAAGCAUUGUGUGACAAGUUUAAGUGUACAAUUCAGCAAAUGGAUGUUUUGGAUAGUGUGUCAGCAUAGUGUUUCAGUGGGAACCUGCGCAAAUAUGUCUUGGGGUUUCAUGUCCCCUGUGUCACCCUGUGAAUUGCGCCAAUGCCUACAGCAGAAACAUAAUUUCUCUAAAUUCUAAAAUCUUUAUGACUAAGUCUACUGUUGUGGUAAUGAGACCAUGGAAGCCUUACCAGUCACACUGAGACAUUUUAAAUGAUAUAAACAUGUACAGUUAAAUUCAUUGUUUACAUAGAAUGUAAUGUUUUUGUACAUACAGUAUAGGGGUGUUUUAAGACCUGUAGCUUGCUUUAUAUGUUCCGAAACAGGAGCUAAAUCUGUUACAAUGUCACAUUUUUCAAUGGAUAGGUUCGCUUUCACAAGAGAAUAUUUGAGAACUAACCAAAACUUGGGAUCAUUUUAAUCUCCAUUCUGUUUAUUAGCUAGCAUCUUGCAUAGUCUUUUCAUUCUUAGCUAGCCAGCAGAGGUGUGUGUAUGUGUGUUUCAUUUCACAUUUCACUUUCAUUCUUUUGAGGUAAAUGGUGAAAAAAGUAUCCACUGUAUUCAUGAAACAAGUCCACAUAUUUGUACAAGACAUGUAAAAUUAAUGUGAAAAAAAGAAAAAUACUUUGAACCCCAAGUACAUUUACACAAACUUCAGUGAAUUUUUCUGAAAUAACUGAAUGGGGGAGAGCGGGGCACAAACUAACAUUUUUGGUUUUCUUAAGUUCACCAAAAUAAUUUUUUCACAUAUCCAAAGAUUGAAGGAGGUUCCCAUUGGGAUGCAUAACUUACUACAGGUGUUAUUUUCCCCGAUAUGUCUAACUAUAUGUACACAGUAUUUAAUUAUUUAACCAAAAAAAUAAUCUAAAAAUCACCAAAUUUUUUUUUAUUUUUACUCUCCAACGGUUGUACAGUAGUGAUUUCAUACAUGAUUUCUUAUAGGUCAUGUUUGUCAAGAAUGUCUAAUUAUAUGGAUACUGCUUUCAAUUAUUUAACUAAAAUUCACCAAAAUUAUAAUUUCACAUAACCCUAAAAAUUUGUACUUGUAUAAACUUAAUAAAUAAAUCUUUACUUAUAUAGACUUGUAAAACAUUUUUAAUCAAAUAAAUUAUAGGAACAAAUUGUAUUUUUGGCUUGGCUUGAACUGUGAUAAUGUGUAAUAAUAGUAACUACAGAAUUAUUAUUAUUAUGCAUCAUUUUAUGUGUGUGUGGAGAGAGAGAUAUUAAGUUAGAGAGUAGUGUAAUAGGCAAAUAGUGUGUAUAAAGGUUAUAAAUUGAUAUCUGUUGUUUUUUUUUUUUGUAUCCAAUGUCCUAACCAACUUACUAUCCAAUGUGCCAACCAACCCCAUUGACACUCUUUUGGUAAAUGAUGUUAGCCAGCUAGCAGAGCUCAUCAUAGGCUUACCCAUUUUAUAUAAAGUACCAUGUAUUGUCUCAGCAGGCAAUGUUUUUUUUUUUUAUUUUUUUUAAUUUUUUUUUUAGGCAAGGUAAUUUUUGAGAAGCCACACAUAUUUGUUA